CGCGAAAUAAGAUGUAAAUAUGCAAAGCGUGGGCGUCAGCGAAGAGGAUUGUCUUUUUUAUUUGAUUGGGGGACGCAGCAAUAGAUGUCCCCCCUCCCAUGACGGAAGAGGUUGUUUAAAAUGGUAUAACCCCGCCACUUCCUCGUUUGGCAGUAGGAUAGAAAUGCCACAUUUACAAAGCAGACGUUCCGGAAUUUCAGUUUAACUAUCUGGACUCGGGAAAAUUAGAAGUAAAAUACUAUAUCGAAAGGAAGAGAGAACGUGGCCGAUAAACAUGAUAGACCUGAAAGAGAGUAGACGGAUUGUAUGAAUCAAAAAGAACUGAUGACAGUAAAGAAGAUAUUGAUUUCCAUGUCGAUCUCAUAUCUAUUGUGAUGGCAGUUACAGCAGCUAUUAAGUCAUUUCUCUUGUUUUCAGUGUUUAUCGCUCGACACAUAGAUCUUGUACAUUCCAAUCUUUAUGGAAAUGACGUCAUUGAUUACAAGAUAACUUCAGGAAUCUCUACAACUAGAAACACAUUGAAGGAAGGCAAAGACCCCACUCCACCCCCCGGAGUAUAUUUCGAUGAAGAGGCAGAUAGAAGAUGGGCAGAAUUGAGAGCGUUUCCAUAUCUAUCAUUUGAAGACGAAACCAGCACGGAUCUCGUAUCAUGUCGGACCUUUUAUACCAUAUCCCAAAAGAGGCUCUACAAAUGGUUCAGAGAGACCUUCGCCUAUGAUGCGCUAGUGACUGACCAGCAGACCGGGUUUAGGGUAAUGGCAAAGUCCACUUACACCCGAGAUGCUGCAGUUCAGGAUGCUACCAAUUCCAUGGUCAACAGGCUUGUAUUUACUGGUCACAUGAAAGAAUCAACGAAUUGCUUUCUGCCGGCUUACUCGUCCCCGCUCCUGUUGAUCCAAGGAACUUGCCCGCCAAACCAAGGCAUCAAAUGUGAUACCGUGUGUGUAUUUGCCUGCAGUGACUCUAGUUUCACAAUGGUCGGAAGUUCUACCAUCAAAUGCCGGCCGAAUGGCACUCUGUCUAAUGAAUUCCCACAUUGUCAAGCAAAGGAACAACCAACCACCCAUACUGCCACAACGGCCGGAACAAACUAUUCGACGAAACAUGUUCAUACAAGCAGUACACCUUCCGAAACAACGACAUGGCACAACGAUCCCACGAUGGCAAGUCCCAUCACGAAGCCGAGUCCAUCGAUAGCGGAAACAACCCCAGCAGUUGAAACUGAUACAACAAUUGCAACUAAUUCUUCUGUGACUCCUUCCACAAAGAAUCAUACUACGAAAGGAAACCAUACCCCCAAGACGAACCCUACUACUGCUACUACUCCCAAAGCGGAUCCUAUCACGACAGACAGUUCUACAACACAAAGUCAUUCCUCCAGGAAGACUGGACCUACGACUGCUCUUCCUGGAACGUCUCACAAACUCAAGACGAUGGGAUUUAUUGGCUUUCUAGGUCUUCCUUUACUAAUCCUGCCACUGAUAUAUAUCAUUUAUAAAUUGAGACACAGACACAGCAGAAAGCAGUACACAAUACUCGAUGAAGAUUCAGUUGGAGAAGACGAUGAUGACGUUCCACCGGAUGUCGAUGGGUUUUAUCAAGCCGAAAAGAUCAGGAGUGCCACCAUUACAGAAAUAGGACUUAACCGAGAAGAGUGCUACCCUAUGGACCAGCGGGAUAAAGGUAUCGUAUUCAUCCUCAACAACUACACCUUUCACACCGAUAGAACCAUUGAGAGAAAGGGAUCUGAUGUUGAUAUGGUCAAUGUCAAGCAUGUCUUCACCGAGAUUGGCUACACGUCUAAUGAAGCUCAAAAUCUCACUGCUGAGGGGAUACGACGAAAACUGAAGAGCCUAAAACAGAAGAUCUCUCCCUCCCAUACCUCUGUUGUAUUGGUCUUCAUGAGCCACGGGGUUUCAGAAGGGAUUCUUGGUAUCGAUCAGAAAGUCGUCACCGUCGAGGAAAUCAAGAACAUGUUCUCUGGGAACAACUGUCCAGCUUUGAUCGGAAAACCAAAGAUCAUGUUCUUCCAGGCCUGUCGUGGAGACAAAGCAACGCCGAGUGCUCCAUCUCCUCCAAAUUAUGAAGAAGAUCCUGGAAUGUAUACUGACACUGUGAAGACUGACGGAGUAGAUGGAGGGGUUACUAUGGUAACGAGAGAAGGAGAAUGUGUGACACCACCUCCUACACUGGAUGCAGGAGAAUUAGACAUUGACGGUAGUGUACCAGACAAUGCGGAUGUCUACAUUGCCCAUGCAACAUCAGAAGGUUAUUUUUCACUGCGUCACAAACAAAACGGAUCUUGGUUCAUUCAAGCCCUCUGUGAGGAGCUCAUAGCUAGUGCGCAUGCUCAUCAUCUGGAUGACAUCAUGACGAAGGUGACAGACAGAGUGAAGCGACAGGAAGCAAGGAUACUUGUCCAAGGUCGGCGGCGACUCACACUACAGACUCCACAGAUUAUCAAGCAAGGAAUAGGAAAGAAGAUAUUCUUUUUACCAAAGUAUCAACCACCAUCAGACAGUCAAUAAGACGAUAUAACGGCUAUGAUGUUAUAAAUGA